AUGCAGUCUGCCAGGUCAACACAAGGCUCCCUGACGCCCAUUCUAGAGAGAGCAUGCGUAGUCCAUUCGAACAAGAAGAUAGCCGUGGUGUGCACGACUUGUAGCAACGAGUUUAUCUGCACGAAGUGCAUCAGUACCGUCCACCGUGGCCAUAACUAUCUCGACCUUGAAGACUUUCUCGACUCAAAGAAACAGGAUAUCUCAGAAUUUCUAGAUCUUGAAGAUAUUGGCAGCAAAAUUGCUACGAAACACGAACAAAUUGAAAAACUUGCGGAAACAAUAUCAGAGAACCGACUUCGAACAGACAGAGUUAUACAGGAGGUAAAAACCCGAGCGGUUGAAUUAAAGGGUGAAAUCGACAAAAUAACUGCAGAUUUCAUUCGGGAAUGUAAGGUUCACGGAAGUAAGAAUCUGAAUAGUCUAGAGAAACUCGAACAGAACCUGACGCGCCAAUUAGCUUGUCUCAAGGCGGCCGCCAUUAGCCAUCAGAACGUGCCGCUCGACUCAUCUCCGUUUGAUGAUAUGCUGCGGAGAGAUUCCCUUAAGGACGAAUCGUACACCGACAUUCCCACUCUGACGUCAUUGGUCUUUAUCAAACAAGACGAACACUCGACUAUCUUAAGAACCUUGUUCGGGUCACUACGAUGCAUCAGUGCGUACGGUCCUGACGUAGUGAGCUUGCCAUUAGGUAAAUCCACCGUAAAAAAGGCACCAAGCAAUGGUCGAGUGCUCGACACACUGACUGGCGUUGCGGACGGGAAGCACGUGCAAGCAAUAUUUCCUUGUGACGACGAUUCAGCAUGGCUCGUCCCGGGCAAAAGCCAUCGUGUAAAAUUAACGACAAGAAAAGGCGAGGUCAUCCAAACCAUCACGCUCGAGAGAGGCGUUGUCAUCAAUGAUGUCAUGCGCACUGCCGAUAAGUACUUGACGACGGUUUGCUGUGAUGAUGGUUCCGUACGUCAAAUUUUGCCGAGCGGCAGGUCCCAAAACCUUUUCUCUACUGGAAUCAACAUCACAAAUCUUUGUGAACUGUCAGCUUCCGGUUACUUCAUCGCGUGUCACUCCAUCCAGCGGAAACUUGUAAAAUACAACCAGAGAGGGGACGCGAUAGAAACGGUGGACAGAGAUGCGUACGGUGUUCGCCUCUUUACUAAACCUGUUCGUGUUCGUCUGAACAGAAAUAAUGGCGACAUUGCCGUAGUAGAGUGGUCGUCUCCCGAACACGUGAUCAUCAUGAACGAUAAACUACAGGUGAUAUCUCGAUUCUUCGGUGAUUCAAAACGACGUCAUUCCUACGGUACCUACGGAUCAUUUAAAGGUCAAGGAUCAAAGGAGAAAGGUCAUUUCGACCCAGCUGACGUAAUCUUCACGAAGAACAACCACAUAGUCAUAGCCGACGUAUGGUCCAAUUCUCUUGUGAUGAUUGAUAGAAAUGGAAAGAAACUGAAAACUUCGUUCAAAUUUAACUUCCAGCCCCUGUGCCUGGGUUUACAACCUAACGGAGACUUAUGGGUUGGUUCACACGACGGUCACGUGCAGAUCAUGAGAUUCUGA